AUGGUUAACCGCAGGAUCAGUCCCGAUCUCAAAAACUGUGCUCUGGAUCUCUGGGAGCGUGGCUGGGACUGUUCCGACAUCUGUUCAGCACUGGGUAUAUUGUCAGCAAGCCUUUAUUGUUGGAUCCAAAUCUUCAAUGAAUUUGACUCAGUUGUCAAACCUCCAUCUCCUCUUCGUGGAUGUCCUCGAAUGAUCACUCUUGCUGCCCUCACUGCCAUGAAGGAGAUAUAUAAUCAUCACCCUGAUAGCUACCUUGAUGAGCUUGUGUGGUUUCUUGCUUUGCAUCAUGAUGUUGUAAUAUCGAAAUCAGCUCUUCAUGACAAUCUUCGAAAGGCUGGCUUGACC